AGGUCUUCACCUCCAAAGAUGAAGCUAUCAUUCAUCUUCGAGUUGCUACUAAUAUUCAUACUGGUGGCAUUUGCUGCCUCAGCUGUUAUAGGGCCCAAUAAAGCAUCACCCAAAAGAACAAAAAAUCACGUAGUGAAGAAAUAUGGGAAAGUCACACAACAUAGGCAAACUACAAACGCUACAAACGCUACCGCCAACAGAUUUUGCAGCUGCAAAAUGACGCUGUGCAACUGUUGUAGAGACUUCAACCUACCCGUACUCAAUCUGAGAGGACCUGGUUGUGCAGCACUGCAAUAUCUACAGAACGACCAACUUGCUAUAUCGAUGAGCUUCAAUGACAGGGUCCUCACCAACACGACCAUAAAAGGGCGUAAACCCCAACCGAUCUGCAUGCCUCUGCCAGGAGGUGUAUCCAAAUUCUGUGGGCGCGUAUACAACAUCGGUCGCCAAGGAGACGAGUUCAACGCUUGUCUAGGCCUGGAACUGAGGGCCUUAUCCGAGAUUGAGGCAGCAAUCCGAGUUUCCUGUUUCAAGUUUGGACCUAGAGGUCUUCGCCUGGAAGCACCUCAACCCCUUCCACCAGUAGAUGAAGACGAUGAUGACGAUGACGACGAGGAUGAUGACGACGACGACGACGAUGAUGACGACGACGAUGACGACUUUGAUUUUGACGGGGAAGAUGACAAUGACGACAACGAUGUAGAUUAUAGUGUGUUUGACGACGAUUUCAUUGGGCAGUACUUCCAAGGGGAAGAAUCUGAGACGAGCAGCACCAACAAGAAGAAGGUGACAAGUACCACAACUCAAGCUCCUUUGAGAAAAUUAUCUAGGAAACCAGUUCAGGUGGCGUCGACGAAACCAGCACUGAGGAGAAGAAUUACGCCCCAACCCAUCAAAUCUACAACUGCUCAGGCAGUUGUUCAAAGGAGAAAGACAGUUGCAAGUACUGUUGCUAGAUCUACUACAAGCACUACUACAAGCACCACCACGAGCACUACCACUACUACAGAAGCAAUUCCAGUUGCAGAGAAUGAGGUUCUCCCAGAACUUCAAUCUGUCAAGCAAGAUAUCACGUCACAGAAUAUAGCAAAUGUUGAAACCAUGAAACCUACUGAGAAGAUCAUGAUUUCUUCUACUGCCACUAUAGCUUCUACUUCUAGCGAGCAACCGACUUCAACAAUGGCAAGUCCAACUAAAACUGAAGCAGUUAUCACAGAAAUAACCACUGAAUUGCCGAUGAAGGUUGAAAUGGUAGAAACUACUACUAUGUCAGAAGUGAAAACCGAACCAACUACUGCUAGAAUCGCGAAAGAAUCUGAAGAAAGUGAAGAAGAUCCAAUCGUAGAGGUAGUUGGGGAUGCAUUAGAGGACGAAAUCUCCGACUCCGAAGAAUCAUCCGAAGAGAAAGCGACCACUGUCAGCCCAAUUACUACAGAACAAACUCCUGCGGAGUCAAAAGAAGUUUUCGAUGACAUAGUAGAUGGUGUAGUGGAUACAUUCGCAGGAGACGAAUCUGAUGAAUCUGAAAAGAACGAGAAGGAAGAUGAUGACGACGAGGAUGACGAUGAAUCAGACGAUGACGACAGUGAUGAAGAGAGGAAAUUCACGAAAAGGAAGUUCAGGGGGAGUCGGCAAAGCAGGGAUAUGUGGUUAGAUAGAUUGCAUUGGUGA